AUGGGUUACUCUUCUUUGCUCUCUGUUACUCUUUGCUUACUUAUCAUUUUCAGUGUCAGUUUUGCUCAGCUUGAGCAGCAAGUUAGCAGAGAAGAAAGGCAACAGCGACAACAGCGAUGGCAAAGGAGUGAAUGCCAGCUCAACCGGAUCAAUGCUGUUGAGCCGUCUCGCCAGUUGCAAUCGGAAGCGGGUCUGACAGAAAUCUGGGACGAGAAUGAUCAACAGUUCCAAUGCGCCGGUGUUGUAGCUAUGCGCCAUACUAUUCAACAGAAAGGAUUACUGUUGCCACAAUAUGUCAAUGGACCUAAGCUCAUUUAUGUUGUCCGAGGAAAUGGUAUUCAGGGAGCUGUAUUCCCAGGUUGUCCUGAGACUUACCAGACACCAACAGAAUCAUCACAGUCCCAGUUCAGAGCAGGCCAUGAACAGAGCCAGAGAGAUCAGCAUCAGAAGGUUCGUCGAAUCCGCUCAGGUGAUGUCAUCGCCUUACCUGAAGGAGUAGCUCAAUGGAUCUACAACAGUGGCAGAACCCCUCUUGUUCUUGUCCAAAUCAUCGACACCAGCAAUCCUAAUAACCAACUUGAUCAGAAUCACAGAGACUUUUUCCUUGCUGGUAACCCUCAACGAGAAGUACAGAGCCAAAGAGGUGAACGUUCAGUAAGAAGCCCGAGAGAAAGAGGACCAAGCAGCAGAGGCCAGACAGAAAGGUCCGGCAAUGUCUUCCGAGGCAUUGACGAGCGAAUGAUAGCCGAAGCUUUCAACAUUAACACUGAUCUUGCAAGAAAAAUGAGAGGCGAAAAUGAUAACAGAGGCAUUAUUGUGAGUGUGGUGGAUGAUCUUGAGAUGCUAGUCCCACGAAGAAGCCAAGAAGAAGAACGAGAAGAACAAGAAGCACAAGCAAUGCGAGAAUUAGAGAGGAGCCGUGGAGGUAGAAUUAGAACUAAUGGUGUAGAGGAAACUUACUGCACACUCAGGCUGAAACACAACAUCAACGACCCAUUACGAGCUGAUAUCUACAACCCUCGCGCCGGCCGUGUCAAAACUCUCAACAAUCACAACCUCCCUAUCCUCAGAUACCUUCAACUCAGUAUUCACAAGACUGUCCUCUACAGAAAUGCUAUAAUGACACCACACUGGAACAUCAAUGCUCACAGCAUCAGAUACAUCACCAGAGGAACAGGUCGUGUUCAGAUAGUUAAUGAGAACGGAAACCCAGUGUUUGACGGACAAGUUCGAGAGGGUCAGAUAUUGACAGUGCCACAAAAUUUUGUAGUGAUUACAAAGGCAAGCGAGGGGGGCCUAGAAUGGGUAUCCUUCAAAACUAACGACAAUGCUAAAAUCAGCCAACUCGCUGGACGCGUCUCAGCAAUCCGGUCCAUGCCUGAGGAAGUGGUAGCAAAUGCAUUCCAAGUUUCUAUUGAUGAUGCAAGGAGGCUUAAAGAUAACAGACAGGAGGUUACAGUGCUCAGCCCUGGAUCCAGGUCUCGAAGUUGAAGAGUACUACACUAGGCCACAAUGCAACUGUAAUAAGUACUAAUGAGUACGUAGGCUUUAGAGUUAAAAUAAAUAAAAGCCAAAAUAGGCAUGAGAACCUAAAAGUUAUGUGUGUGGCUCUUUGUUCUACGAAUGUAUCUUUUAACUUGCGGGAAGAAAUGAAACUUCAAUAAUAUCUGCUA